AUGGACAGAGCCAUUUUAUUUUCUGUGUGUCCUCCAGGUCCUGAGCCCCAAUCGCACAGACUCUGCACUUCCUCCGCAUCAACUGAAUCCAGUGAGGACCAGUUUUUUAAGUGGUUUCUGCUGCUUAUACCCGUCGCCACCUUUGGCCUGGGCACCUGGCAGGUUCAGCGACGGAAGUGGAAGCUGAAACUCAUAGACCAGCUAGAGUCUCAAGUUAACGCUAUACCGAUCCCUCUUUCCACUGAUGCAGCAGAACUGAAAAGAUUGGAGUAUCGUCCUGUGACAGUUAGAGGUUACUUUGAUCACUCCAAGGAGCUAUAUAUACAGCCCCGCACACUCAUGGACCCAGAAAAGGAGGCUCGAGAAGCUGGGCAGAUCACAUCAAACACUGAGAGUGGGGCCCAUGUGGUCACUCCAUUUUACUGUACUGACCUCGGAGUUACAAUCUUGGUUAAUCGAGGUUUUGUUCCCAAAAAGAAGAUUAAUCCUGAGACACGGAAAAAGGGGGCAGUAGAAGGAGAAGUGGAUUUGGUUGGUAUUGUGAGACAUUCAGAGAAGCGCCAGCCAUUUGUUCCGCAAAAUGAUCCUGAGAGAAACAGAUGGUAUUACCGAGAUGUGGAAGCCAUGGCAAAACUGACUGGGGCAGAGCCAAUAAUUAUUGAUGCCAAUUUUGCCAGCACAGUUCCCAGUGGACCCAUUGGAGGACAGACUAGGGUAACGCUGAGGAAUGAGCACAUGCAGUACAUUAUUACAUGGUAUGGUCUCUGUGCUGCCACUACAUACUUGUGGUUCAAGAAAUUCAUACAGAAGGUUCCACUCUAG